AUGUUCGUCACACGGUGGCGGUUGGGGGCGUUGGACGUUGAGUCGAGGUCUUCUUCGCGAAAUUCAACAGACACAAGCCCGUGGCAACCACCCUCCUUCGGUAUCCGCUCAGGCUACGGCUCUUCUGGGCUGUAUGUCUGCACAAUUCAUUCACCAUGGCAACUCCAACACACGCCAUGCUCAUUUCACUCUGUCGCACCGAGUGACCAGGUGUUUCAACCCUCGUCAGACUCACUUGUCCCGUCCCGACUCGACCCCUUCCUCAACCACUCCAGAACCUCGAUCCUCUUCCUGACAAGUCUGGCUACAUGCGGACGGACUGGUCGUUCCAAAAAGCACAAUUCCCAACUGAAGGCACUGCAUUUCGAGCAGUCUGACAUAAUUUUGUCAACGCGGAUGCCAACAUUGUGUACGCAAUAUUCCUCACUUCGAGUCAACUCUUAUUUCGCCAGCUCAGCUCCCCUGGCGCUCGGUUUAUAA